AGAUAUCUUUUUCUCAAUCCCGUAUUGCCCUCAUUUUCUCUUCUUUAUUCCCAUCUCUGUCUUCGUCGCUCGCCUUUCCCCAGAUUCUUCAUCACACCCCUAUUUCCCGAGUAUCUGUUCUUCUCUAUCUCUCUUCGUUUCAGAUCUUAACAAGCAAAGCCGCCAGUUAAUUAUCCAUGACGCUUGGCUCGGCAGGAUCGAGUGUCGUGGUCCCUAGGAACUUCAGAUUGCUGGAGGAACUUGAACGUGGAGAGAAAGGUAUUGGUGAUGGGACUGUCAGCUAUGGAAUGGAUGAUGGAGAUGACAUAUACAUGCGUUCUUGGACUGGGACCAUUAUUGGUCCACACAAUACCGUGCAUGAGGGUCGGAUUUACCAGUUGAAGUUGUUCUGUGAUAAAGAUUAUCCAGAGAAGCCACCAAGUGUUCGAUUCCAUUCACGGAUCAAUAUGACCUGUGUCAAUCAUGAAACUGGAGUGGUGGAACCAAAAAAGUUUGGACUUCUUGCUAAUUGGCAGCGAGAGUACACGAUGGAGGAUAUACUGACUCAGCUGAAGAAGGAAAUGGCAGCCCCACACAAUCGAAAGCUGGUUCAACCUCCAGAAGGUACCUACUUUUAGAUUGGGAGAUCAUAUAGCCAUGGUGGAAAUGCAAUUAUCCAAUAUAUAUUUUGUAAUGCUGUGUUAUCCUGUUGAAGAUAGAACUUGGAAGGGAAUGCCCUCAGAAAGCUUCUCCUAUUACCUCUCCCUGGGUUCAUUAUGGCUUUGUCUCUUUCUUUUUUCGAAACUGUUUUCCAAAGGAUUAUUCUGUUUGAUUAAUGGAUUUUAUCUGUGUGUCAACUAAAUUUAUACAAUUUAAAUAGAAUCUUAGUUCAACUUUGUGGGAAGUUGAAUAUAAA